AUGAAUGUGACCUCUAAUGAGCACAAGGAAGUGUAUCAGAAGCAUUGCAAUCGUUUCUUUGACAACCCGCAUGAAUCCUGCAUUGUUUUUUGCCCCUUGGAUUUGCCUUACCAAGUUGAGCUACACAGGGGUGGACGAGGCUUUCGCAAUUCCAGCUAUUCCAUGAUGGGUGCCCGAGCACGAGUCGAGCAAAACCUAGAUCCAGAGGAUGAUCAUGGGCACUUCGAGUUUUCCGACAGCAUUUAUUGCAGAUAUGAAUCUCUUUCGGAUGAUUUGAAAUAUGGAGCCGUACUGUGGGCAGCCGAACAUCGCAAAACGUCAACCUUUGAUGUCAAAAUCUCGGCUUUGACUUCAGCAUUCACUUAUCAGGAAGCUUUGCGAGGUACCUACAUGGAGGCCCCACUGUUUCUCAUUGGAGCGGGCUUGGUUUGGUUGUUCUGUGGCAUUGGAAUGCACUUCAUCAACUUCGAGACCCACUCCUGGUGCAAUCCCACAAACUGGUUCACAGCCACCAUAUGUCUUGCCAGCGCGGUGCUUGCAAUGUUGGCAGCUGUGGGCCUGAGUGGGUUCUUAACGGUCUUGGGCCUGAGGCUUACGGCUUCAUCGUUGUACGUGUCCUUCAUGAUCUUGGGCAUCGCAGUUGAUGACAUGAUGAUUUUGGCGGGGUUAUUCUUCGAAGCUCCUAAAGACCAUUCCUUGGCUGACCGUCUUGCUGCAAGCUUUGGCUCAGCGGCAGCUUCCAUCACACUCACCAGCAUCACCACGAUGGCUGGCUUCCUUGCUGGAAGUGCCGUGGACAUGAUAUGGAUCAAAUCCUUCACGCAGGUGGGCGCACUUGCAGUGUUCUCAGACUAUGUUAUCCAGCUCACCUUUUUCUCCGGAGCAUUUGCUGCAUUUCAGCGUGGAUAUGGCAAGCUGGAAGCAUCUUCAAAAGAUCGAGGCCAUGCUCACGCUGCUCUGGAGACCUAUGCAAGGUGGUCGGCACACAGUGUAGCAUGCAAGGCCAUCACUUUCUUUGUGUUCACUGUGGUGCUUUUCAUAUCCCUUUGGGGAACCCAGAGCUUGGAGGCGUCAUUUCACUCAAAGGUGCAGAUGCCUGACGAUUCACACUACCAUGUCCAUUUGCAGGAUGGGCUCGACUACAUGGGAGAGUAUGGUUCGAACACAGUGUAUCUCAUGAUGCAACACCAGGUUCUCCCGGGCCCAGACGUGUUGAGAGCAACAGCAGAGUACGCGCAGCGCAUCAGAGAGCUCAAUGGCCAGAAGCCCUACAUGGCAGCCGCAACAGACUGGACUGUGGCUGUGCAACUCUGGAUGACUAUCCAGUCCAUUCCAGAGCGUUUGAGGGUGCGCACCAACACAACAACCUUUGGUGUAGCACUUCAAGAGGCCCUUGACGGUACUGUUCGAAAUGAGUACGGGGCAUUGGCUAGGCAAUGGGGAGAUGUGGGUGUGGCUUAUGCUUCAGGUGGGCUUGCUGUGCAAGCUGCUCUAGCCGAAAUACAUGGCAUGGCACAAGACUUGCGCCUUGGCCCGCACCAGUCACUAGCAAACACAAGAGCCACCCUGCACAAAGUGCAGGUUGCCCUCAACGCAACCCGACAUGCCUACGGCAACUUUACUCAGGAGCUUGGGUUGAGCAUGCAAACUGUGCUCGGUGCAGCACUUGCUCACCUAACUGCUGCGGCUGAUGCAUACGCGUCUGGACCUGCCAGUUUCGCCACGGCAGAGAGUUUCCUGCAACAGGCUGCCACUACCUUCAAUUCACCAGCCCCUACGGCGACUCUGAAUGCCACGGCCAUUGUUCAUUUGGAGGAGGCAGCAGGGCACCUCCUUGAGUCGGUGUACAGUUUCAACUCCUCCCUGGCAGUGCGGAUUCAGCGAACUAUCGCUUCUUUUAAAUUUGCAGCUCGAAGCUUCUACGAAGCUUUGCCAAGUGACGACCGGCUCCUGGCAAAAUACAGCAUUCAGUUCGGACACCGAGAGUUUCUAAGGAGACUUGGUGACCUGCUGGAGUACAGUGCUGAUCUACGGGUGAAAGUCAUCCUUACGCAAUGGUGGAACACAACUCUUUUUCCCAUGGAGCUUGUGGGCAUCCACGCAAGAAAUAUGGCAGCAACCUUGAGAGCCAUGCAGCAGACAGCGGAAACCUUUGCUGCCUCUGAGCCAUUGGCUCCUUUGGCUGCAGCUUGCGCGGAACUCCGGAGUGCUUUGAGUGGUUCCUCGGAUGCAGCCUUCAACUCUGCGGCCACCCGUGCCUUUGGACACCUCGUGGCAUCGGCCGCGGCUUAUGCAGGAGAUGAGAGCAACUUGGCUCACAUUGAAGAACACUAUGAAUCUGGUGCUUUCAAAGAUCCAGGUGCAGAUGACAAGUGUUCCCCCCAAGAGCUCACCCUGGACAGCUUGCGCCGUGGUUUGGCCUAUGGAGUUGCUCACUACCGUUCUUCUGUGGUUUGGAACGCUUAUGCCAACUAUUCCAUGGCAGAAGCACAGAGGUGGUUGACCAGCAUCAUUGGCCGUCCCGUCAACCUGAAUACACCACAAGCAGCCAGGGCCACUCGGAGGUUUAUGGGCCUUCAAUGGCUCUCCUUGGUGGGUGAGAGAGACCAGGUCGCACGUGAGCGAGACGCUGAGCGCAAAGCGGAUCGGGCCCACAGAGCGGUUGCCGCCGCACGGCGGAUGCGCUUGGCCAGGGAGUACUCUGCAGAAGUCUGGGAAGAUGUGGAUAACUACGAGGAGAGCUUCGGCACAGAGAUGGAAACCGUGGUCUACAACCAAGAUCUAAAGCCAGGCGCGCGCGGGGAGGGUGAAUUUCUGCGUUCGACAAUGGAGGAGAACAAGUCCAAGAGAGUCUAG